CGUAUACGCCUCCCGAAUAGACGAAAUCCCUGAUAACGCGGCACUUGCUUUCACUCCGCGGUGAAUGGGAAGCAGUCGAAUUCGAGACGGUUUAUUUCGGUAGUGCCUCCCCUUGUCUCUUCGGUCUGCCGCUUCGAGACACGCCGGUAGUUGACGGUCACGCUUCCCCACCCCCUUCCACCGGGCAGACUCGGGUACUACUAGCUAGCUAGGAAUGAGCAAGGAUGGCCAGCUCUGCAGCAGAGGAGAAAAACUUCCGACGGUUCCUGGAGCUCUUUCUCCGGGAGAUGAGCCCGCCUCUGCAGGAGAGCGCCCCGCUGCCCGCGCGCCCCUUGACGGACCUGGUGUGUGAGGACGAGGUGGAGGGGGAAUGUCUCGACUUGUGUCUGCAGCACCUCUACAAAUACAACUGCCCGUGCUCCCUGGCGGCGGCCUUGGCCAGAGCGACAUCGGAUAGCAUCCUGCAGAGUGACCUCACCAUCCACCACCUCAUCAAGAGUGUAGAAGACGGAGUCGACCCCUUGCCACAGAUCGAAGCCGUAAAGUUGGCUCGGCUGAUCUUCAACCGACUCUUCGACACGUGCUGCCUGUGGACCAAGGACCUGCCCUACCGCCGCCGCCCGCAGCCGUACUACGAGACCUCCAUCCACGCCAUCAAGAACAUGAGGCGCAAGAUGGAGGACAGGCACGUCAUCAUCCCCGACUUUAACACGCUCUUCAACAUUCAGGAUCAGGAAGAACAAGCGUUCUUUGCCGUGUUUGAUGGACACGGUGGCGUGGACGCUGCCAUUUAUGCCGCCAACCACCUCCACGUCAACCUAGCACGGCAGGAAUCCUUAAGCCAGGACCCCGGGGAGGCCCUCCGCCGCGCCUUCAAAAUCACAGACGAGCACUUUGUGAAGAAGGCUUCACGGGAGAACUUGCGCUGCGGCACGACGGGCGUGGUGACGUUCCUUCGUGGCCGGACGUUGCAUGUGGCCUGGCUGGGGGACUCGCAGGUCAUUCUGGUGCGCCGGGGAGAGGUGGUGGAGCUGAUGAAACCACACAAACCAGACCGAGAGGACGAGAAGCAGAGGAUCGAAGCUCUGGGCGGCUGCGUGAUCUGGUUCGGGACGUGGAGGGUUAACGGCAGUCUGUCUGUAUCCAGAGCCAUCGGCGACUCGGAGCACAAACCCUACAUCUGCGGAGAUGCCGACCAUAGCGUCUUCCCCCUGGACAGCUCGGAGGACUACCUAAUUCUGGCCUGCGAUGGCUUCUGGGACACCGUCAGUCCUGACGAAGCAGUACGGGUAGUCAGCGACCACCUCCAGGAGAACGCCGGCGACACCUCCAUGGUGGCCCACAAGCUGGUGGCCUCGGCCCGCGACGCAGGCUCCAGCGAUAACAUCACCGUCAUCGUGGUCUUCCUGCGUGACCCCCGCUCCCCGCCGCCCACCAGCACGGAGGACGAGGAGGAGGAGGUUGUGGCGGAAGGUGAGGCGGAGGAGGAGCCGGCGGCAGAGGCGGAGGACGAGCCAGAAGAGGAGGAGGAAGAGGAAGAGGAGACCAGCAGGGUAGAGCGAGGCGGCGGCGAAGGGGGCAGCACGGCGGACAACGGGGGGAAAAGCCGGGGCGGCUGGCCCCUGCAGCAGUGCUCGGCCCCCGCCGACCUCAGUUACGAAGACCGCACAGACUCCUUGACAGACAGAACCAGCCUCAGCCUCCUGGGGCCGGCGCUGGGGGGCCGAAUCUCUUUGAGCCUCCACCCCAGCCACCUUGAGAAACGCCCACUCAGGCGCAGGCCCCGCCUCCCUUACCAGGAGUCCAGUAUUGCCAGUUUUACGGACCCACUGUGGCCCCAGACCGCCUUGCUGCUAGGUCGGGUCGACAGCCGGAACCACAGGCUCGCUGGCGGUAGGCGUGGCCUCAGGAGGCCGCACAGCUUCACUGAGCCGCUAGCUUUUUUGCCAUGUGACCGCCUGCCGCCGCACGUGCAGCGCUACGCCACCUGGAGGCCGGGCGGGGCAGUGCCUCGACUGUCCCGCGAUACCGCCAUCUGAAGCACCUUCCUCGUUCAUUCAAGCCCCGCCUCCUAAGCCCGCCUGCCCGCCUCUGCCUUCAACAACACCGUGUUUUUGGUUUUUGUUUGGGUAGUUUAGGUGGUUGUGGCUCCUGCAUUCGUAACGUGAACAUUGAGUGGUUCUGUUUGUCACCAAACAAGCUUCGCUCCAAAGUUCCCUCAUGACGUCAUCGGUCAAGCUACCACUAGGGGGCGCUCGGCUCACCUUCUCAGGCCAUUCCGCUCAUAGCGCAUCAAUUCAUCCAUUCCUUCAAACAUGACUUCCAGUAGGAUGGAUUCCAGUGUUCUGAACUCCUGUUUCCAAGCCAGUGUCAUAUUGAGACGGAAUCAUGCUGCCUGCGGAGGAGUUGUGCCACAGCGUGAUGUAGCUCAACGCCGUCAUCUGCAAACCAGUUGAGAUGAGCACAGCGCCCCUGCUGGUCGCAGCCAAGUAGUGUACCUUUUUAAAAACAAAAAAACGUAACCACAAUCGAUUUCACACAAUCAGCCAAAGUGCGAAUGAUCAAAUCAUCAGUGAUGCCAUCGCUCAUUUACAGGCUAGCUGGGAGACGUUUGUAAGUUUAGCUUGAGUGCGCCAAUUCUUCAUUUGUCAUGUUCUCGCAGUUUGCCAUUUUUCCGCAUCGUCAUGGUCCAAUGAGAAGCAUGCACCCGCAUCUCUAUAUAUCACCACUUUACAAAAUAUACAUACAGUAUAUAUUUUACAAACAAAACCAAAACAAUCUGGUACGUGUUUAUCGUUGUAUGACGACACUAGCGUCUCUACUUCCGAGUGUGACCUCCUUAAAUGAAAUGUUUAAGAAGCGUCGUCACACUUUCAUGACUUUUCAGUGGAGACGGCGAAGGCACAAUCAACAUUCGUCAUUUUUCCGCAGAGCAGACUGAGCGUCCGAUUAAGCUUCUAAUGGCUUUGCCUCUUGUUCCUGUUGGUUUUUGUUUGUUAGCACCCCGAGGGGUACGCGCCAUACUGCCCCACCGCCACCUCCCAUUCCGUCACCGACCCCGCCCGUUGUCCGCGCACGGCUCGUCCACAGAUAAAAGCACUUAAAGGCUGGAUUAUAAAAGAUUAGUAGUCACUUACCUGAUUAGACGCGCUAUCAUGCAGAUUUAGUCCUGUUGUUUCAUGGCUUUUCGGACGAGGACAAAGGGUGGUUUGGGAUAGAUAUGUUUUGCAGUUUACACCGGCGGAUUAAUUGUUAGCGCCGCAAAUCGCAAACACGUGCCUUCUCCCCUGAAAGUCGCUAAUACGUCACUGUUAGCGUCUUCAUUUGAGCGGUAGUGCAGUACUAGUUGUCUGUAGCUAGCUAGCUAGCUAGCUAUACAACAACUGAAGUCAAACCAGCCAAGCUACGUUGCAGUCUUCACGCGAGGCUGAGAUGGACAUCACCAAAUUGAGUUGUUUUUAUUCCGCGCUAGGGCAACAGCGCUUUGUGUCUGUAAAUAAACUUGCCGUGCGAACAUCCACGAUGCUACGUACCAGUACCUCCUCUGAUGCUCAUUCCUAAAUAAUAUAACCACAUAAUCGCCCAUCAGUGUUUAACAUGACAAGACCGACCGAUUGUCACAUACUAAUCCAAAUUUACCUCUUAGCUCCCUCUAAUGAAUAUUGGCCAUUCACGUGCUUAGCUUUUCAUAUUUAGUGUGAAUAUUUUUCUCGGAAACGGUCAUUUCAUUUCAUCCAGAGGUCAGCGGUUGGUCGGGGGGUGGAUAGAGCUAAUAAUUAGCUCCCGUUUGGGCGACUGUUUUAGUUCAACACUUGAUUCCUAAUUCUAGAUUUUACUGUUACACAAAACGGGCAGGAAAACAAAAACACCUGUCCUCAGUGAUGAAUUUCACAUGAUUCAUUUCACACUGAUCUUUAGCUCGCAAGCUAAAAGCUAAAUAUCAGUGUUCCACUUGCUUGGUGGAGGGAACAGGUGAGAAAGAUAACAAGCCAUGAAGUAUCGAAGUGUUUGGGAAGUCACUGGAAAGAAGACAUCUUUGUGAGUAGAGCGCCAUCUGUUUGUCGAAGAGGUUCUCCUGGGAAUAACAAACAUCCAGCUUCAAAAACUCCAGCAACGUGUUUCCGCCUUAAACGACAUCUUGCCAAUCAGAUAUCUAUCACGCGUGCGACUAAUGAGCAGGUUCUUUUCAAAGGUUUUUCAAAACUAACCAAUGUAGUCUCACAGCGUCAACUGUAUGAGCAAUAAAGUUUCCUCGUAGAAUUCCCGUUGGAAGUUCCAAGGAAUAUUCAUCCUCCGUAAGAUGUUCCUCUGGGAGCACUGCCCCUCCCCCCUCCCAAACAUCAUACAAAUAGGCACUGUCUAAUUAAAAUAGCAACAAUAGUUUUGUGAUUUUCCCCAUGCAUUACGGUAAUAUUCCCUGUGACGCAAACAAAAGGCUUUUAUCUGUCAACAAAUGUGUUAGAACGUCUAUCAAUGACUCACCAUUGCACAUUUGAGGACAUUUAUGAGCGUAUGUUGAGAGAUAAAAGCUUUGGUUGUAGAAAAUCAAAAUGUUCCUUUUUUUAUUUACCGUAAUUCACAUUCUGUAUUGGCAAUUCAUUUUUGUUGGCUGUAUAAGAGCCCUCCUUGACACACAGAAAAUAUUUUUUUCUUAUCUCUGUAAGCAAUAAACUGCGUUAAUGUAAAAAAAAAAAAAAA